CCUGUGAACAGAUGUUCGACAAAAACAGUGCUUGUUAUUGGAAUACGGGAAUAGAAUAACAAGUUGAUUGUAACGAUUAUAUAAUAGUAAUUAUUCACUCGCCACAAUGAGAAAUGAUCCAGCUAAGCUAACUAGCGAGUACAACAAUCCCUGUUUAAAGGAGCAGGAAUUGUCUUUCAAGUGUAUGCACGACAACAAUUUUGACAGAGACUCUUGCACAAACGUUUUUAAAAAUUAUCAAGUGUGCAAGGAAUUUUGGAAUCACAUUAAAGUGCAAAGGCGCAGAGAUGGUAUCAAGCCGUACAUGCCACCACCUGAGGAGAGGGAUCAAAUUAAGUCAGACUAUUUGAACAGUAGAAAGAAGUUGUAAUGACUCAAAAAUUAAACUGUUAAAAAUAUUACUUUCGUUGGGUGUACAAUAAUAUAUUAUGUAAGUCGGAUAUUCUAUGGAUGAAAUAAAGCGAGAUUUUAUGCUAUAUUAGCAUGGCUUUUAUUAAAUCUGUUGAGUAGUUCACAAACCAGUGGUGUUUUCUUGAUCUUCGAUACUCGCUUGAUGCGUUAUGAUCCUAAAAAAGUGACCAAGCUGUUCCUCACCUGCAAUCUAUAUUCCACAGCAACAUCUUCGGCUUUACUUCAAAUUAUGCAAAUUUACAUUUCGGCCAGCUAUGACUAAUUUUUUACGUUCGCCUUAACAAGUUUGUGUAUGUACAAGAGACUGUCUUCUACAACUUGGCUUCAUGGUUGGGUGUAUACAAUUUGCACAACAUGCAAAUAUUAAGCUGCUCUAAGCAUUUACCCUUAAAAGUUAUAAUCUCUUCAUGAAAAAGCUGCGUGUGCGUCUUCCAGGAAUAAAUAAUAACACUAAUUGAUGUAUACUUUACAUGGGUAUGGAAGGCUGAAAUUUUCUAAGACGCAUGGCUUCUUAAUUUGUAGUGAGCACGUAUAAUUCUUGCAUUCUGCGUAUUUAUUACAUCGUAUAUAUUAGAACUGGCGACAUUCAGAUAGGAUGAAAGACAUCAAGAUUUUCCAAAGCUGUUCGACAUUUUGUUGCGACAGACUAACCUACCAAACGCAACCUCGAAUCACUUAAAAACUGAUCUGGUACUGCGUUGCUAGUUCAACAGAAGCGAGACUAGGAAUGAUUAAACAAGUGAUAUUAGAAUUCGUUGGAAACAGCACAUUACUACACUCAAUGAUAACGUAAUUCAAGAUUGCAGACACUGGUUCAAACAAUAAAACACUUUGUAACCCUCAAUCAAUCCCACCUUGAUAUGAUCUCCCGAUACAUUUGAUCAAUUUGUUGAUUGUGUAGGUCAGUUCGUCAAUUUGGGCCCACUCUGCAUGGAAAUUUAAAACACGUUUAAAUAUUCGCACUUAAACUAAAGGGAAAACUGCAGGUUCUCGAUGUGUAAAGUAAUGGCCAAAAACUGGCUCAAAAUCUGUCGGCGAAAACGACUGAAAGUUCUCGUUUGAGUGCUGCAAAGGUAGCAAGCUCUGGAGUACAUAAUAAAUCAAACCGAUUUCGAAAAAAAAAA